AGUUGUUGACUUGUUGUUGAUCUUAAUUUUACAUUGUCAAUGGUCCUUUUUCAUGGCUGACGUUCGAAGGAGCUAGCCGCAGUCAUGAAGUUGAACGUAUCCUACCCGGCAACGGGAUGCCAGAAAUUAUUCGAAGUUGUGGAUGAGCACAAGCUCCGUAUCUUCUACGAGAAGCGUAUGGGCGCUGAAGUUGAAGCUGACCAGCUAGGCGAUGAAUGGAAGGGUUAUAUUCUACGUGUUGCCGGUGGCAACGACAAACAGGGUUUCCCGAUGAAACAAGGUGUCCUCACCAACAGCCGUGUUCGUUUGUUGAUGUCCAAGGGCCACUCUUGCUACAGACCUCGUCGUGAUGGUGAAAGAAAACGUAAAUCAGUGCGUGGUUGCAUUGUAGAUGCCAACUUAUCUGUGUUGGCCCUUGUUAUUGUGCGCAAGGGUGCUCAAGAAAUUCCUGGACUUACAGACGGCAAUGUGCCCCGUCGUCUCGGACCCAAGAGAGCGUCCAAGAUCCGCAAGCUCUUCAACUUGACCAAACAAGAUGAUGUACGUCGCUACGUCGUCAAACGUCUGCUCCCUGCUAAGGAGGGCAAGGAAAAUGCCAAACCCAGGUAUAAGGCUCCCAAGAUCCAAAGGCUAGUCACCCCUGUAGUGCUGCAGCGCAGACGCCACCGAUUGGCGCUGAAGAAGAAACGCCUGGCUAAACGCAAGUCCUCCGAGGCUGAAUAUGCCAAGCUUCUGGCUCAAAGGAAGAAGGAAUCUAAGGUACGUCGUCAAGAGGAGAUCAAACGUAGACGUUCAGCUUCAAUUCGCGAUUCCAAGAGCUCAAGUACGAGUGCACCGCAGAAGUGAAAUGUCUUAAAAUAAAGUUGUAAAAAAACUUC